AUGAGGACCUGCAUCUGGAGAGGGCCAAAUGUGAACUGCGUUGACAGUACUGGAUACACUCCACUGCACCAUGCUGCUUUGAAUGGUCAUAAGGAUGUGGUGGAAGUUCUGCUGAGGAACGACGCGCUAACCAACGUAGCAGACUGUAAAGGCUGUUACCCCCUCCACCUGGCAGCUUGGAAAGGAGAUGCAGACAUAGUGAAGCUCCUCAUCCACCAGGGACCUUCGCAUACUAAAGUGAACGAGCAGAAUGCUCUUGAGAUCAAAGAACUCAAAAAGUACGGCCCCUUUGACCCAUAUAUCAAUGCCAAGAACAACGACAACGAGACGGCGCUGCACUGCGCCGCUCAGUAUGGCCACACAGAGGUGGUGAAGGUCCUGCUGGAGGAGUUGACCGACCCCACCAUGCGCAACAACAAGUUUGAGACUCCUCUGGACCUGGCCGCGCUCUAUGGGAGGCUGGAAGUCGUGAAGAUGCUCUUGAACGCUCACCCCAAUCUUCUAAGCUGCAACACUAAGAAACACACUCCCCUGCACUUGGCGGCUAGGAACGGUCACAAAACUGUAGUCCACGUCCUCCUGGAUGCUGGCAUGGAUAGCAAUUAUCAGACUGAAAAAGGCAGUGCUUUGCACGAAGCUGCUUUGUUUGGCAAGACAGAUGUGGUACAAAUAUUGCUGGCUGCAGGUAUUGAUGUGAACAUAAAGGAUAACAGAGGCCUGACAGCUCUGGAUAUUGUGAGGGAGCUUCCUUCUCAGAAAAGCCAACACAUAGCAGCUCUCAUUGAAGAUUACACCGUUGGGAAGAAAAGUGCCAAAGCUGCAGAGAAGAGCGUUCAAGCACCGCUUGUUCCAGCCACUGAUCCCGUGUGCCGGAUAUCUCAGGGUGAUGUGGAGAAAGCAGUUACAGAACUGAUCAUAGAUUUUGAUGUGAACCCAGAAGAGGAGAGCCCGUAUGAAGCUUUGUACAAUGCGACGUCCUGCCACUCGCUGCUGGUUGGGACUAGAGAGGAAAAGAGAAGAGGGACUGGGGGUUCUACUGUAGUGCUUUAACUCAAAGCAGCAGGAGUCAGGCCUAGAGAACGUCCACCCCCGCCUGCCAAGCCGCCGCCCGAUGAAGAGGAGGAGCAGCACGUGGAGAAGAAGAUAGGCCAUGGUGCUUCCUCCGAGGUACGUGGGACUUGGAGCAAGGGAAGUGGAGCUGAGGAAGAGGAACACCCUUACGAGCUCUUGCUUACGGCAGAAACGAAGAAGCCGGUUGCGGUGGAUAGGAAAACAAAAGACCACAGGAGGAGCAGUGGCUGCUGCAGCCAGGACUCUGCCGACGGCCAGGACAUCCAGGUUCCAGAGCAGUUUUCAGGGUUGCUUCACGGCUCUUCCCCGAUCUGCGAGAUAAGCGAGGACCCUUUCAGGCUCGUUUCCUCCGCGGAGAAAGGAGGCACGGAAGCUACAAGCCGCCCACCUGCUAUGCAGCUGGAGGAUGCUGAGUUACCUGCCUCUGCAUCAGUACGGACCAGCUCUCCGGACCAAAACCAGAAAGUGGUCUACGCAACCGUCCAGCACACGCACGUCAACCGGGCGGAUCCUGAAACUGUAGUCACGCCCCACGUGCUACAGCACCCCGGCGGUGCUGAGGAAGAGGGGGACAGAGCUGUGGGCAGAGCCCACCCGGGGAGCAAGCCCAAAGCCGAGCUUAAACUCAGCCGCAGCUUGUCCAAAUCGGACUCGGAUCUUCUGACCUGCUCUCCGACAGAGGACGAUGCCAUGGGGAGCCGGAGCGAAUCGCUCUCGAACUGCAGCACUGGGAAGAAGAGGCUGGAGAAGUCCCCGUCCUUUGCUUCAGAGUGGGACGAGAUUGAGAAAAUCAUGAGUUCCAUCGGCGAAGGCAUUGACUUUUCUCAGGAGCAGCAGAGGAUCUCAGGUUCGCGGAUGCUGGAGCAGAGUGUCGGGGAGUGGCUGGAGUCCAUUGGCCUGCAGCAAUACGAGAGUAAGCUGCUUUUGAACGGCUUUGAUGAUGUCCGCUUCCUGGGCUGUAAUGUCAUGGAAGACCAGGACCUUCGGGACAUCGGGAUCGGUGACCCGCAGCACCGUCGGAAGCUCCUCCAGGCUGCGCGCUCCCUCCCGAAGUUGAAACCCCUGGGCUGCGAUGGGAACAGCCAGCCUUCGGUUCCCGCAUGGCUCGACUCUUUGGGGCUGCAGGAUUACAUUCAGUCCUUCCUAUCGAGUGGCUACAGCUCGAUUGACACUGUGAAAAACCUCUGGGAGCUUGAAAUAGUAAACGUGAGUAUUGCCUUUCUCUUGCCCCGGCAGCGNAGGAUCAUCGCCUCCCUGGCAGACAGACCGUACGAGGAGCCACCGGCAAAGCCGCCGCGGUUCUCGCAGCUGAGAUGCCAGGACUUGAUGUCCCAGACGUCGUCGCCCCUGAGCCAGAACGACUCCUGCACGGGCAGAUCUGCCGAUCUCCUCCUGCCCUCCGGGGACACCGCGAAGAGGCAACACGACCGUGGCACCGAGGUCGCUCCCUACUCCAGAGCUGAGCGCUACAAAGCACAGGAGGACCGUCGGGAGUCAAAGCUGACCCUGCGCCCCCCCAGCCUGGCUGCCCCGUACGCCCCAGUCCAAAACUGGCAGCAUCAGCCGGAGAAGCUCAUCUUCGAGUCCUGCGGGUACGAGGCCAACUACUUGGGCUCCAUGUUGAUCAAAGACCUCCGAGGGACAGAGUCUACGCAGGACGCCUGUGCCAAGAUGAGGAAAUCCACAGAGCAUAUGAAGAAGAUCCCGACCAUAAUACUGUCCAUCACGUACAAGGGGGUGAAGUUCAUCGACGCCUCUAACAAGAAUGUCAUUGCUGAGCACGAGAUCAGGAACAUCUCCUGCGCUGCUCAGGACCCCGAGGAUCUCUGCACGUUCGCCUACAUCACCAAGGACCUGCAGACCAGCCACCACUACUGCCACGUCUUCAGCACCGUGGAUGUGAACCUGACGUACGAGAUCAUCCUCACGUUGGGGCAGGCGUUCGAGGUCGCCUACCAGCUGGCCCUCCAAGCCCAGAGAGCGAAGCCUCUGGGCGCUGCAGCAGGAGAAACGAUUGAAACAAAAUCUUCCAAACCGGUGCCUAAACCGCGAGCCGGCAUGAGGAAAUCUGCACUGGAGCCCCCUGAAGUGGACCAAGACUCCCAGUCUCAUGCCAGUGUCUCCUGGGUCGUGGACCCCAAACAGGACUCCAAGCGGACCCUCAGCACUAAGUAUGAGACCACUAUCUUCUAA